GAGGCAGGGCGUCAUGGUGACUGGCUGACAAAUCAGCUUAGGCCCCUCACCGAAAGGCCGGAAACACAUGCUGCUGGCGCGCUGUUGUAUGAUGUUGUUGUCAUCAUCUGUGACAUGUUGGUAGAAAACGGUAGUGAAUUGUGUGUUUUUGAAGUAUAACGAUCGGGUUAAAAACGGAGAAUGGCAGCAACAGCGGCUACACCUGUCACCCCCACGGAGCCCGACCCUGACCGGUGUGUGAAUGAGGAGGAGAGCCGCGGGGCCGAGGCGGAGGAGGUGAACACCCAGCAGCAGACAGGCCCCGCGGCCGCCGUGAGCCACAGCCGACUGUCCAAACUCCCGCUGGCCCGCAUCAAGGCGCUCAUGAAGACCGAUCCAGACGUGUCGCUCGCCAGCCAGGAGUCUGUGUUUAUCAUCGCUAAAGCCACGGCACACUAG